UCUCCUCCCUCCUCCCGCGCGCUCGCUCUCCUCCCAUUCCCCUGCCGCGGCGGACUGCUUGCAGGCGCGGCUCCCGGCCAGAGCCAGCGAGCGGAACGGGCGCCUCGGCUGCUGCGCCUCCUCCGAGAACCGGUGGCGGGCCCCCCUUCCCCCCAACGCCGGGCCUGCCGGGUCCCGGGUCCCAGCGUGCGUCCAGCAGCUUCGUAGCGGGAGGGCGCAACUUUCCCCCGGUCCCGGGCGGGGCGGGGACGGCAGCGGGACAACUUGGAAAACUUCUCCGGAGAGGACGGCAGGGACGCCGGGUGUCGGUGGAAGAGGAUGUAGGAGGGCGGUGGCUGGCUCCAGGCAUCCCUCCAUCUCCUUGGCCGGGUUCGGCCUGGCCAUGGGGCUCCAGCGCCUUGUGCGCCGCCAGGGGGUCGAUCCCCCCUUCUAGACUAGCUGCGUAGGACAGUACCGUCUCCGGCUGAGCACGCUCUGGGCGAGCAGCGACCCCUCUGGCCGCGUGCCGCCCCGUCAUGGACCACCAGGAGCCCUACUCGGUGCAGGCCACCGCGGCCAUCGCGGCGGUCAUCACGUUCCUCAUCCUUUUCACCAUCUUUGGCAACGCGCUGGUCAUCUUGGCUGUGUUGACAAGUCGCUCGCUGCGCGCCCCGCAGAACCUGUUCCUAGUGUCGCUGGCCGCCGCCGACAUCCUGGUGGCCACGCUCAUCAUCCCUUUCUCGCUGGCCAACGAGCUGCUGGGCUACUGGUACUUCCGGCGCACGUGGUGUGAGGUGUACUUGGCGCUCGACGUGCUCUUCUGUACCUCGUCCAUCGUGCACCUGUGCGCCAUCAGCCUGGACAGGUACUGGGCCGUGAGUCGGGCGCUGGAGUACAACUCCAAGCGCACCCCACGCCGCAUCAAGUGCAUCAUCCUCACCGUGUGGCUCAUCGCAGCUGUCAUCUCCCUGCCGCCGCUUAUCUACAAGGGUGACCAGGGGCCCCAGCCUCGUGGGCGCCCGCAGUGCAAACUUAACCAAGAGGCCUGGUACAUCCUGGCCUCUAGCAUCGGAUCUUUCUUUGCACCCUGCCUCAUCAUGAUCCUGGUCUACCUGCGCAUCUACCUGAUCGCCAAGCGCAGCCACCGCAGAGGUCCCAGGGCCAAGGGCCGCCCUAGGGAGGGUGAGUCUAAGCAGCCCCGCCCCGUCCCUACUGGAACUUCAACCAAAAUGCCAACCCUGGCCUCUCUGGCUGCUUCUGGAGAGGCCAAUGGUCACUCCAAGCCCACUGGGGAGAAGGAGGAGGGGGAGACCCCUGAAGAUCCUGCGACCCCUGCCUUGCCACCCAGCUGGUCGGCCCUUCCCAACUCAGGCCAGGGUCGGAAGGAAGGUGUUUGUGGGACAUCUCCAGAGGAAGAAGCUGAGGAGGAGGAGGAAGAGUGUGAGCCUCAGGCCUUGCCAGCAUCUCCUGCCUCCGCCUGUAGCCCACCCCUGCAGCAGCCACAGGGGUCCCGGGUGCUGGCAACACUACGUGGCCAGGUGCUCCUGGGCAGGGGCAUGGGCACCUCGAGCGGGCAGUGGUGGCGGCGGCGGGCGCAGCUGACUCGGGAGAAGCGGUUCACCUUUGUGCUGGCCGUGGUCAUCGGCGUUUUUGUGCUCUGCUGGUUCCCCUUCUUCUUCAGCUACAGCCUGGGUGCCAUCUGCCCACAGCACUGCAAGGUGCCCCAUGGCCUCUUCCAGUUCUUCUUCUGGAUCGGCUACUGCAACAGCUCGCUGAACCCCGUCAUCUAUACCAUCUUUAACCAGGACUUUCGCCGUGCCUUCCGAAGGAUCCUUUGCCGCCAGUGGACCCAGACGGCAUGGUGAGCCACCUGCCCGCCACCCGUGUGGGGUUGGUGCCAGGCGGCACCAGGGCCACUCUGAUUCUUGCCCUAUUUUAUGUGGCCACCUCCCUGGGGCUUUCUGGUCCCUGCCUGGGUCCUGCAGGCUUCAUCUUGGGAGCCCCCUGGGAGGGGCAGGGGCUGGGGUGCUGUUCACAGGGGUCCAGCUGAGGCCUCCGAUUGCUGGCUUGGCUGUGGGGGGACAUCUUCUCUACCCCCGUGAACACAGGCCCACGGAUGAGGCUUGGACCUUCCUGAGCAUAGCCAAGGCUGGGCCAGAUAGAGCACCUCUCUCCCAAUGCCCCAGACCCCUGCAAGCCCAUGGGUGGGCUUUCCUUCCUUAAGGACCCUUUGUUCCCUGGCUGGUCACUUGCUUGUGGCAUUUUUGUUUCUCAUCUUCCCCGGGUAAAGAGCAGGAAGCCAGCCUUCCACUUUUCCCAGGAGGACCCGCUGCUGAGGAGGAAGAGGCAGAAACGAGGGAUCCACGUUGGGCGCCCAUGGUCCCCAUCAGGCACUGGGUGGGGAGUUAACGGCCUGGCCCUGUUUCUGGUCCUUCUUCCCUUUCCCCCUACCUUUAGAUUUGUAGCUCCUUUAAAGGCCAGAACCUUCUCUGGAAUCGUUUUCCUUACCUGGCACCCCUCUGGCAGGCGGGUGUGUGCCAGCAGAGGCCUCGCCUUGGUGGGGUGGUCUGGAGGUCUGGCCUCUGCCUCGACGGGAGAUCCCUGAUCACUAGCAUUCACCCCCUGCAAAAACCUGGCAACAAUGGCUUGCCGCCUACUUGCUGCAGGGAGAUGAAAGGCUUUGCGGAAAGCUUUGAGCUCCGUGGGGGAACGCACUAGAGAACCAGAAAAUAUGAUUAUUUGGAGAUAUAAAAAUCCCCUUUCUCUGUCUUUACCACCACCUGUCUUCCUGUAGACUUUUUGUUCUGCGCCUGGGGUGCGGGAAUUCUUACCCCAAACUGGAAGUGGGGAAUGGUAGAGAGAACCAACUACUUCACUUAAAGGAUUUCUUCGAGAACACGUUCUUGUGCCUGCAAGGGUUUAGUUGUUAUGCUGCAUGACAGCUCCUCGACAUUUCACCCGCGACACCGAGAGGGUUUUCGGUGGCCUGGGCCCCCCCCCCCCCAACGGGGGACAAGUCUUUUGUCAUCAAGCAGGCAAAUUGUUUCCCCAAGAUGGCCAAAAAUACCCACCCCAUCAGAACAAUCUGAGAUGAGAGUCUGUGGUGGGUGACAGGGCCCCCAGGCAGGCGCUGGGGCUGGAACGGGUGAGUGAGGGCCCUGUGGACUCCUUCGGGAGCCUUCCACCAGAGCGCCCAGGCGAUUCUCCAAGCCCCACGUGGGUCCCUGUGAUGUGUAACUGAUCCUACCUUGGAUGGGGGCCGGCUGGCCAUCUCUGACCCAGCCAUGUUGCUUCACCCCACUGAUGAGGCUCCAGGGGCCUCUCCUCUCCUGGUUCUCUCCCCAACCCCAGGACCUAGCACCCAGAAGACUUGGGAGCAUUGGAAGGAUGUUUUCCAGUCUUCUCCAAGGAGCUCCUGGCUUCAGCAUUAAGCCAGCGGGCAUCUAGCAUGGGGGGUAGGGCUGAGCAGCCAAGGCACUGUUGGCACUCUGAGGGGCCCGGCCGGAUUUGGAGAGCUUUCUGGGGUGGAGAGAAUGGAGGAGACCAAAGAGAGUCCUUUCUGGGGAGAGGGGCUGUCUAGCUCCUUCUUACAGUCUCAUUGUGAGGCCAGGGCAUUGCCUUGGGGGGAGGCUGGGGAGGCUGGGCCCAGGGGAGUGGCUGACUUGUGACAUCUGCUGACUGGUCUUGCGUGUGUCCCGGGAGACUCCUGCAAUUAUUGCCUGUGGCCCCCUUGUUGUGAUAUGCAGGUAUUUUUUUUUUUUAAGUCUGAGCUAUUUUAUCAAUAAAGGAUAUUUUGUAAUAAGCAAGCUGUGUCCUUGUUGCCCAAGGGCUGCCAGGAGUAAUUAUUUCUCAGCUACUUGAAUAACAUCUGUAAGCAUGGGCUCCCUCCCAGGGUCAGUUGCCCUUUCCUCCCCUAGGUACCUGGUACCUAUCCACCUGCCUGUCUGCUUUGUCCAUUCCGCGUCCCUUAUCAUUGCCAGUCAGUGGGACGAGAGUGGCCAGAGAAGCCUGAGACUGGCUGCCUGGCAAGGGAAGAAAAGGAGGGCUUCCCGGAGGAGGGGGCCUUGGGGCUGGCUGGGUCUUGGGGAAAGAGCAAGGGUACACCAAGAAACAAGACAGGAAAGGUGUUUCGGGCAGAGGACAGCACGCGCCAAGGGUGUGUUUGGGGGAUUUGUGACAGUUUGAGAGUCAGUCUAAAGCCAACCCCGCCUCGCGGUCAGGUGCAGCAGCUGGGGGCCAGAGGAGGUAGUUGGACAGCACCCACGGGGGGCGGGAGGAACACGGGGAGGAAGGCAGGGCGGUCAUUCUGCAGAAUGUUUUCAGCUGCUGUCUUCGGCGAGGGCAAGAGUGGAAUAGAACCACUCUGCUCCAGGCUCUUUGACGCUAAGAUUCAGUUACGAAUAUCAGAGCUGGAGGACCUGUGGAUGUCACUCCUAUCAAUCUCAUUUCCCAGAGGAGGCCUCUGAGGCCCCAGAGCCACCAUGUGAGUUGGGUAAGGAGUUGAGUCGGGGAUCCCAUCCCACCUCCGUGAGGGCAGCCUCUGGGGCCCGUAUCAGGUUGGCCCGGUUCUGAGGGCCAGGGAGGCCAGCAGGCUGGGGGCAGGGGCAGGACCCAGGGAGGCACGAGGGCUGGGAGGGAAGGGCAGAGGGAGGAGCAGUGAGGCCCCAGGGUCUGGUGGUGGGUGGCCAUCUGCCAUAAACAGGAUUCACACUUUCCUGGGGCCAUGGCUUCCGCCAUGGGCAACGGAUGGAGACUCCUACGUAUCUACCAUCACUGGUGAACGUGGGGGAGGGACAGUGGGCUUCAUCGAGGACUUGGUAAGAAAGCCACACUCGGUGGGGCGCCUGGGUGGCUCAGUCGGUUAAGCGUCGACUUCGGCUCAGGUCAUGAUCUCGCGGUUUGUGGGUUCGAGCCCCGCGUCGGGCUCUGUGCGGACAGCUCAGAGCCUGGAGCCUGCUUCCGAUUCUGUGUCUCCCCUCUCUCUC